UUUUUUAUUUGCUAAUGUGUGACUGUCUGUUGUGUCAAAAAUAAAAAUAUGUCAUCUGUUUCCCCGGCUAAGGAUAUUUUAUAAGGAAAUAUACGUGUUUAGCAAUCCAAAUCAAGUGUCUAUACUGCUAUCUUGCUAUGCUGGAGGAAGGCUGAACCAACGGUUACUCAUGGAAACAAAGGGGAAGGUUGAAAAUGUCCAACUCUGUUAAAAACAUUAGACAAGAAGGAGAGAAAUUGCCCCUGAAGUCCAUAGGAAUUCAGAACAAGGCAUCUCAUGAGCUCAGAAGGCUUCAGUCUCUGCUUGCCAAAAGCAGCUCCAGACAAGAGGUGGUAGCACCGAGUCACAGUAAAGCACGCAGCAGUGGAGCCAGCAAAUUACAAGGCCUGCAUCAUCAAAAAGACACCAACAGACACAGGAGUGAGAGCGACAUCAACAGUGAAGCCUCUGAACUGGAAAAAUUCAGCAUAACGUACAGAAACCAAAGAUGUUUCAGCAGCCACCCACUGCAUAAACUCUUCUCUGACAUUCUUGCCUCUCUGGUCAAGAACCGACUCUGCAGUGAAUGGAUUGACAGUGCACCUCCUGAGUCAGUUCUUAGGAUUCUCAUCUGCCUACGAUUAUUGAUCAGAGAUACACAGCAUCAGAAAAUUUUCCAUCAGCUCCAUGGCAUCAAUUUACUUGCCAGGCAUAUGGAGUCUGUCACUGCCAUGUAUAUAUCUUGUGGUGAACAAGCAUUUGCUGUGCAGAAGCUGGUCACAAUGACCUACAUCUUUCAGAAGCUGUCUGCUGUUGAAAAUCAAAGGGUCUGGGUCAUUGAGAGUGGUGGUCACAGGACCCUGGUCAAGCUCCUCUCUACAACAGAUAGCAGUGUGCUGCUGGGAGCCCUGCUGGCACUCACCACAUUGGCUGAGAGCCCAGAAUGCAAGGAGGAGAUUGGCAAGCUACCGAUCGUGGAGAACCUACUUGUAAUACUGCAGGAAUAUGACCUGCUGUCAAAAAGGAUGAGCGCAGAGCUGCUGAGGCUCCUGUCCCCGGUGCAGCAGGUGAGGGACCAGGUGAGGGAGCUGGAGGGCGGUCAGCACCUGAAGCUCCUGUGGAGCAUCGUCUGGGUCCUGGUCCAGCUCUGUGAGGAUCCCGACACCAGGACAGAGAUCCGAAGCUGGGGUGGGGUGCAGCAGCUGCUCCGACUGCUCAACAGUGACAGGCAGUAUGUCUCUGAUCGGUCAUCCAUCGAGACGCUCUCCAGCGCCAAUGCAGCCGGUCGCAUCCAAAGAGAGCACAUUAGAGAGGAGUUGAGUCCACAGGAGGAGGUGGACAGCACUACAGCCUUGCAGUCAGCCUGCUGUACAGCUCUGACUGAGCUUAGUCUGGAUGACACAUCUGCUCACCACAUUGUACAGGAAAAUGGGGUCUACAUGAUAGCAAAGUUGAUUUUACCACAAAAUCCUGGAGCAAAGGUCACAUCUUUACAGUGCUAUGCAUUUCGAACCCUCCGAUUCCUCUUUAGUGUGGAAAGAAACCGACAUCUGUUUAAGAGACUCUUUCUCACAGACCUCUUUGAGCUGUUUAUUGAUGUUGGCCAUUAUGUGCGGGACCUCACGGCCUAUGAGGGGCUGCAAACUAAAGUUUCACACUACACUGAAGAGGAACUGGACAGUCUGAGAGAAAGCAUUGAGGCUGUGGACCAGAACCGACCUCCACUUAAAGUCAUCAAUGGUUACUCCAUACUGGAUCAUCUGGGCACCGGGGCCUUUGGAAGUGUCUACAAAGUCCAGAAGCAGAGUGGACAGAACCUCCUUGCUCUGAAAGAGGUGAACCUGCACAACCCAGCCUUCGGCAAAGACAAGAGGUCCAGAGACAGUAGCGUAGAGAAAAUCAUCUCUGAGCUCACGAUCAUCAAAGAACAGAUGACACACCCAAACAUUGUUAAAUAUUACAAGACAUUUUUAGAAGGCGACAAGCUGUACGUAGUGAUGGAGCUGAUCGAGGGAGUGCCGCUGGCUGAACAUUUUAACUCUCUGAAGGAGAAGCAGCAGCAGUUCACUGAAGACAGAAUUUGGAAUAUAUUCAUACAGAUGUGUCUGGCAUUGAGGUACCUGCACAAGGAGAAAAGAAUAGUCCACCGUGACCUCUCACCAAACAACAUCAUGCUGGGCGAGAAAGACAAAGUUACAAUUACUGACUUCGGCCUUGCUAAGCAGAAGCAGGACAACAGCAAGCUGACGUCAGUGGUCGGCACCAUCCUUUACUCCUGUCCAGAGGUGGUGAAGAAUGAGCCAUAUGGAGAGAAGGCUGACAUCUGGGCUUUGGGCUGCAUCUUGUACCAAAUGGCCACUUUACAGCCACCAUUUUACAGCAGUAACAUGCUGUCACUGGCCAACAAGAUUGUUGAGGCCAUCUAUAGCCCAAUUGAAGAAGGAGCAUUCUCAGAGAGAGUCACAGACAUGAUCAGAUGGUGUUUGAGUCCAGACGCAGACCACCGUCCGGAUAUCGUGGCUGUCAGCUCCAGGAUCUGUGACCUUAUGAUGAAACUGAUGGACGGCGUCUGUACUUCCCAGAAUGCACUGGAAAAAAGAGCAGAGAGAGACAGGAAACGAGCACAGAAGUACUUCCUGGAAAGGCAUAAAAGCUUUCAGGAAAGACUCCUAAUGCCAACUGAAUAUUUUACUUCCAGUUCUUCUGCAGCCUGCAGUUCAGCCCACGGGAAUCAAGAUGAUGCCUCAGACGAUGAUGUCGAACGGUCUGAUACUCAAAACAACAGACUGAAGUCCAGUGCCUGUGUUGGGCCUGGCGAAAUUGUAUCUAGUGGGGAUGAUGCUGCUGCAAAAAUGAAACCAAGACCAGUGUCAGCAGGGAUUUGUGUCUCCCAGAAGAAGCUUCGACAGAUCGAUGAUCCCAUCCAGAGGCUUCUUGGGCAGCUGCACAAAAUUAUCUACAUCUCUCAACUUCCACCAGCUCCGCACAACAAUAUCAAACGACGAGCGGUUGAAAAAUUUAAAAAGUCUCUGUUCCACUAUGGCAGUGAUCCAUACAACUUGAAGGUGGAGCUCAGCAGGCUGCUCCAGGGGUCUCCAGAGCUGAUGGAAUUAGGCUUAACCAGUUCAGACUGGUGGCCUCUGAACCCCCAAUUCACAGGAGACUCCCACGCUGCUCACGGCACAGGUGAUGAGAAUCUCAGAGACGGAGUUACCUAUCAGCAGCUACAGGGCAUCAUAGAGGAGCUGCUGGAAGAGAACAGCUACUAUGAAGCAAUACACAGCAGUCGCAGAGAAAUAACAUGAGGAAAAGAAGUGACCUUCGACCACACUGAUGCUGUGUCAACAUGAAGUGUAAUUAACCUGAAUUAAUACAUAAUAUAUACUCAUAUAUUUUUGUACUGAAACAAGGCUGCUGUAACAUGUUUGUCACUAAACACCUCUUUGAUUCUCAGGCAUGUGACUGUGAAUCUCCAAGGGUAAUUUAAAACAUUACACUGUGCUGUAUAUGCUCGUGUUUGUAAUGAAGGUGGAACUUAUUUUUAGUUCACAAUGUAAAAGUUGAACACUUCUCUAAGCAGCAUGAGGACCACCACUGUCUGUGGGCUCCAGCUUCUCAGCUUGUGUGAGGCCUUCCUCUUUGUUUGUUCAGGUUUGUCUGACUUCAGCGCACAGGACCAGACUCAGCAGUUUUACUGUUGAAAUUCCUUGUUGCAAGGCUACACGUUGCAGCAUGUGAUUCAAGUGGCUUCAAGCCCCAGUUUCCUCACUCACUUCACUUUCAAAGAGCUGAUAAGAAACCCUGCCUUCUCUUUAAUCCAGCAUUGUCUGUCAAACAUAUCACAGUGUUUGACUGCAGACUGAAAACCAGGUGAAAUGUUCAGUUCUUCUACUUCCUGUUGUUCUUGCAUUAUACUAACUUGCACCUUAAGAUACUCCUAUAAUGAACAUCAAAAAUGUAUUUCUUGUAAUUCACUGUGCAUUUUCAGUUGUUUCAAAGAUUUACGAGCAGCCAAAAAUAAGCUUUCUCUUGCACUUUGAUCUGAAAGAUAUUUGUCAGUAUAAUCUAUAUAAGGACUAUCAAACUAUUUUACAAUUAUAAAUAAAUAAACACUAUUUAAUUCAAAAAAGUGCCCAACUGUGAUCAUUUGUCAAACUAAUAAGGUGAGUGAUCAUGAUAAGAUGUUGAGCCAAUGAGCAGCAGUGGCAGAAGGGUUCAGAACAUUUACUUAAUUAAAAGUACUAAUG